GCUUGACGGCGGGCAGCGUCGCAAAAGCCCCGUGAAGGACGGCGUUGGGCCGGGGCGGCGGGAGGCGGAGCGGGGCCGGUUUCGAACGCACGGCGGUGCCGCAAUAGGGUCAGUGUCGGGAGCGGGGUCACAGCACCAGGAACAGCACGAUGCCGUUCUGGGACCUGCAGCGGCAGUUGGGCAUCGACGUUGACCGGUGGCUGCUGCGGCAGAGCACGACGCAGCCGUACGGGAUGGCCGGGGCGUGCCACGCGUUCGAACGGGAGUGGGUGGAAUGUGGGCACGGCCUGGGGCAGACACGGGCACAGCGCGAGUGUCAGCCCGAGUACCAGGACUUCAUGGAGUGCAUGCACCGCACCAAGACGGCCCAGCGGCUGAAAAAGAUCCUGGAGCAGCGGGACAAGAUGAUCAAGGAGGGGAAGUACAGCCCGCCCGAGUGCCACAAGGGGGAGAAGGACACACGGCCAUGAGGGACCUGCGGGGACACGACACUGCAGCCAUGGGAGUGACAGCACGGAGAGCACCAAGUGCAAUGGGUUCUGCUGCAGACAUAACGUGGCAGUGCUGGGGAGGGCUCUGCCAACAGCAAAGGGAGCAAUGGCAGCACUGGGUGUCAUUGCUUUGACCAGUAAAUGUCUCCUUUGGAGCAGC